CUUGGUUUAUAUAGAGAGAGUGCGGCGAUCAGAGCGGCGCUGUCUCAGUGUCAGACCAUCGCAUCAGGACCAGCGCGGGAAACAUGGCCAACUCUUACCUUCAGGGAGUGGAGAUUUCUGCCUCUCAGUUCCUGGAUAUCUUUCAUCAUUAUGAUAAUGACGGUAAUGGGUAUAUCGAGGGAAAAGAGUUACAGAACUUUAUUAAGGAACUUCAGCAAGCUCGGAAACAAGCAGGUCUGGAACUAACAGAUCAAAUGAGGGCUUUCGUGGAAGAAUAUGAAAAAAAUGCUGAUGGAAAAAUAGAUAUUAUUGAGUUGGUACAAAUACUACCCACAGAGGAAAACUUCUUGCUAUUUUUCCGUCAACAACUGAGAUCCUGUACAGAAUUUAUGGAGGCCUGGAGGAAUUAUGAUGCUGAUCACAGUGGCUACAUAGAAGCUGAUGAGCUUAAGAACUUUUUGAGAGACCUGCUUCAAAGAGCAAAGAAACCUUUUGAUGACAAGAAGUUAGAGGAAUACACAUCAACCACGCUAAAAAUUUUCGAUUUGAAUAAUGAUGGGAAAUUGUGUCUGGCAGAAAUGGCAAGGCUACUGCCAGACCAAGAAAACUUUCUACUGAAAUUUCAGGGAGUAAAAAUGGCCAGAAAAGACUUCAACAAGGUUUUUGAGUUAUAUGAUAAGGACAGGAAUGGUUAUAUGGAUGAGAAUGAGCUGGAUGCCCUGCUCAAAGACCUAUGUGAGAAAAAUAAAAAGGUUCUAGAAGUCAGCAAAAUCCCUAUAUAUAAGAAGGCUAUCAUGGCCCUGUCUGAUGGAGGGAAACUGUACAGAACAGAGUUGGCGCUGGUGUUGUGUGCUGAAGAUAUGUGAGAUUCGUCGAGCAGUUAACGUCCGUCAACCUCCUACAUCCUCUCCAUCCACAUUCCACCGCCAGCAAAGCUGUCUGCUCACUCUUCAUGUGAACAUAGCUAAACACUGGAUGUAUUUCUGUUCAUUUAAGGAAAGUGUAAUGUACAGGCUGAGUCUAUGUAGGUACACAGACCUAAAAAUGAUGCCACAUACUUUUCAAUCUAUUGUUUCUAUACCGUUUCUAAAUGUACAGAUUUUUGUAAAGGCAAGAUUAUUACAUUACUUAAAAUGACCAGAAUCAUGAAUGUUGUCACACCUAGAAGAUAUGAGACAUUUCCCCAAAAUACAGGUACUCCGUAUGUAUUAACUAUAUUCAGCUCAUAAUUUAACACAGAAUCAGUAAAUCAUUUCAUAAUAAAAUUGAUCUACCUUAUAAUAUAGCCAAAGCAAUAAAGUGGUAGAGGAAUGUGGAUGGGAUGGAGCUGUACAAUAGGAAAAAUACUUGUAUGUAAAAUGCAGCAGGCUGAAUUUCUGUUCGCAUUGCAUGUUUGCGACUGAAGGCACAUCUUGCUGUGAGGCAUUUAAGAUUCCAGCAAGAUUCUAUAAGCACAUACCACAUCUACUGUAUAUGACCUGCAUUGCACCAGCCGACUCUCCAGUCUCAUAUUUCCGUAUUUGCACUGUAAUGAAUGAUGUGCUGACCCCAGUGACACUGUGUAUCGGGAUAUUGUACUUAAUAAAGCACUAUCUGAACAAAUGGUGAGUUGUGGUUUGUUUGCAUGGAAAUAACAUUAAUAUUUUCUUUUGGUAUUAGACAAACCAGCACAUGCAACUAAAAAAAAAUAUUUUAUGUUGUGUUAGAUGUUAACACGUUAUUUCCUAAUUCUACAGUAGUUGAACACACGGUCAGGGGUUGGAUUCCUGCUUUAGGUCUGUGUACAUGGUGUUUGCAAGUUCUCCCUGUGCUACCCUGCUUAGACCCUGAAAAACAUUAAACCUUCUGUCCAGGGUGUAUCCCGCAGCAAAAACACAGUAAUUCCAAGUUGACAAUGCUUCAUGCCUACUUCUUUUUAAAUUACUAAAUUUUGGAAUAAAUCUAUUAAAAUUAGGAAGUCAAAUAGACUAAUAACUAUAGGAACGUAAUAACAAAUAUAAUCACUUUGACUCAUCCUGUUUCACAGAGCUUACUUUGUGAAUCAUUGCUCUUACAGAAUUUGUUACGGUAAGGUAAUGAAUAGUAAGACAACCGAGGGAAUGCAAUUUAAAGAAAGAAAACAAUCCAUGAUCUUAUCUUAUAAUUGACCUGCUGAUUCUUACAGAUUUGAACGUUACAGACAUAUUUUAUCUUGAAGGCUUGCUGUAAGACUUGUGUCCCUUCCUACCAAAAGAAACACUGCAUCUAUGAGAAUAUACCCACAGUAAAAGUUCAAUUCAUACUUUUGGUAAAAUGCAAGAUGGUCUGAAAAAAAUGGGAAUUACAUCACCUCUGAUCCAUUCAACAGCAUCAACAAGAUCCGUCUCAAUCUGUCUCAGCAAUAUGUUUGUAGCAUGAUCCCAGUUAGAGAUUAGACAUCGUUGAUGCUUCUCAAU